CUAUUUGGUGGGUAACCAACCCAACUUUAUAUUUGUUUGCAUGAGACGUUAUACCUCGUACAUGACCAUGGGACACUUAAAAUUGUAAAACACCACAAAACCAAAGCAACUAAAAAGGAAUAAUUUCAUUAAUAAGAAAACCCAAAGAAACAAUCAACACACUAGUCUCAAACAUUGUUGCAUAUAUAAAAUGUGACACAUGGCCAACAUUUUUCUACAAUCCAAAGGCAAUCAUAAGGUAUACAAGAAAAUCAAAUCAACAAAAGGCAAGAGAGAGAGAGAGAGAGAGAGAGAGAGAGAGAGAGAUGGCAAUGAGGCAACGUUUUGGUGGAAUCUCUAGUACCCGUCCAAGACUAUCGUCUCGUUCAAUUUAUGAAGAGUUCAAGCCCCACUUUGAAUUGAAGGAAGAGCAGGAAGCUCACGUUAUACAUGUUCAUCUGCCUGGUUUUGUGAAGGAGCAAGUAAGGAUUACAUUUGCGGCUUCCCCUGGUGUAAUUAAGGUUGAUGGACAACGGCCUCUUGGGAAUAACAAAUGGAGCCGUUUCAACCAAACCUUCCCUAUUCAAGAAAAUUGCGACGUGAGUAAAAUUCAUGGCAAAUUCAACAAUCAAAUUCUUACCAUUACAAUACCAAAGCUAGGCAUCACUCAAGUAGGCCCUAAAGAAGCAGCCAAACCAAGCCAACAAGCACCACCUACCUCUUCAAAAACUCCAACUGCUUCUGCUGCUGAGGCAAAGCCACCGAAACUGCCAGAGGACCUAAUUCCGUCAAAACCUGGUUUGACAGCAACUGCAGGCCCUCAGAAAAUUAGCUCUUCUGAGCCAAAGGCACAAAAGGGUCAGGAAGUCAUUUCACAAGCAGCUACCUCUGCUGCUCAAGAUGAAAAGCAAAGGGAUAAGAGAAGUGCUCCUCCAGCUGCAGGCCCCCAGGAAGCUGCUGCUGAGCCAAAGGCACAAAACUCUACUUUUAGUGCCAGAGAUGAAAAAGAAAGGGAUGACAAGAAUGGUGGUCAUCCAUUAGGCCUUCCGAAAAGCGUUGCUGAGACAAAAGUACACAAGGAUAAGGAUGAGGCUCUUCCAAAAGCAAUUUCAGCAAUCCAGAAUGAGAAACAAAGGGAUGAGAAGAGGGUGAUACCUUUGACUAGUCCUGAAGGAGGCAUAAGUGAACCUAAGUCACAAAGGGGUAAGGAUGAAAUUCCUCCAAAAAUAAUUGACGAAAAGAGCUUGGAGUUUACUGCUGAGCAUGUUGAUCCAAAGGGUCAGAGUGGGAAGCCUGCAGAACCAAAGAAUGCUGAGAGAGUUGCUGAAACCAGUCUGCAGAAGGAAAGAGAGGCCAAUGAGAGAAGCAAAGAAGCAGGGGCUGUCCCAAAGAUUUUAGAAAAGGCAAAGAGAAAGAGCAAGAGUUCUGGGAGCGCUGUUGACCGAGAGAAGCAUACAGAGGAGGAUUCCAUUGCUGCAAAUGUGAUGGCUGCUGCAAAGGAGGGCAUGAGAAAUCUAGGAGAGGGGGUGAAUGAUGAAGAGAAGCAGAUGUUGAUCAAUAUGGGAGCAGCUGUUCUUGUUCUUCUGGCACUUGGGGCUUCUGCUUCCUACAGCUUAUGGUCCUCUGGAAAAACCAUGAACUAAGCCCGGCCAAUAUCUUUUUCUCAUUUGAUUACAGAUAUGUCAAACCUACCUAUCUCCAGGAGAAAUCUAUGUAAAUGGGGUUUCGUUUAUAUCCUUGGCUAGCAAGACGAUUAAUAAGAAAUGCCCGUAGUUUAUGUGUUCUUCAAUAAAAGUGUAAAGGAGAAAUUAAAGAACCAAUUAGUUAAAAGUAAGGCUCAUGUAGGGUAUUAACGCAGAGACCUAACUGAAAACGAAACCGUAAAAAAAUUCCAACUAAUUGACCUAUUCUUUAAUUUUUCUGGAAUAGCUAGCAAUUCCACUUUGUUACAAAUUGUGGAUUCAA